AUGGGGAAGGCCGCCGCCGUGAGGGCCGGAGGGCUGCUAAUUGCUCGCGUGGCCCCUCCAGCAGCAGCAGCAGCAGCAACAGCAGCAGCAGCAACAGCAGCAGCAGCAGCAGCAGGCCACCUCGAGGAUGGAGAAGACUUUCUUGCUGCUGCUCUUAGAGAAACUCAUGAGGAAACGGGUUUAAGGAAAGAACAUUUGAAAGUCUUGAGUUCUUUUUGGAGGGACCUGCGGUACGAGGCUCGAGGCAAGCCGAAGCAAAGCCGCUACUUUCUGGCGGUUUUGGAAAACCCUGAAACCCCCAUUAAGAUAUCUGACGAGCACGCGGAGUACAGGUGGGUGGGGCUGAAGGAGGCGCAGCAGCUGAGCGGCUUCGAAGAUAUGCAGCAGCUGCUGUCGGAAGCAAACGGCGGCACGGGCCUGGCUAUGACAAAACGAAAGCGAAUCAGAAAGCCCACAAAGAAGUGCAUGAUCAGCCUGCAGCAGCAGCAGCACCAGCAGCAGCGGCAGCAGCAAUAG